AUGGAAAACUUUUCUAAUUAUUUUAAUACUAAUGGUUCGGUCGUGGCUAAUGGAAAGACUAAUUUAUACCACAAAAGCGAUGUGUGCAUCAACGAUAGUUUACCGAAAGAGUUAAUCAUCAGGGUUUUUUCUUACUUAGAUAUCACUACUCUAUGCAAAUGCUCUCAAGUUUGUAAAUUUUGGUAUGAAUGUGCUUUCGAUGGGAGCAACUGGAAGAGUAUUAAUUUAUUUGACUUCCAGCGAUAUGUGCAGCCCAAAGUAGUUGAAAAAAUCGCCCAGAGAAGUCGCGGCUUCCUCCGUGAGUUGAGGUUGAAAGGCUGCCGAAAUGUUACUGACGAGGCUCUAAAAUGUUUUACUGAACUUUGUCAUAUGAUUGAAAGUUUGGACUUAUCGGGAUGUCAAAACUUGACGAAUGGAACUUGCGAUUAUUUAGGGAAAAAUUGUUCUCUUCUGACUACUUUGUCCCUGGAAAGUUGCUCUCGUAUAGACGAUGCUGGAUUAGAAAUGCUAAGCUGGUGUUCAAAUCUAACAUGUUUGGAUGUGUCAUGGUGUAGUGUUGGAGAUCGUGGGCUAACCGCUAUCGCCAGAGGAUGUAAAAGUUUACAAAGAUUUCGUGCUAUAGGUUGUCAAGAGAUAACAAGUCGUGGUGUGGAACAAUUAGCACGUCACUGCCAUGGUUUAUUGCUGUUAAACUUGAAUUACUGUGGACAGGGUGUCACAGAUGAAGCUAUGGUUCAUCUUUCCAUUGGUUGUCCUGAUCUACGUGUACUAGCUAUAUCACAUUGUUCAAUAACUGAUCAAGGUCUUCGUGCAAUUGCUGGCACAUUAUCGCCAGCUGCAGCAGCAGCUAUCGUUGGACAAGCUACAUCUACCAGUCAGCAAAAUGGGAUCCCUUUAAUUCUUCCGGUAGUAACAAGCAAUGGAAGCGUUAAUAAUCAAGAUGCGUCAUCACCAAACGGUAAUAUUAAUAAUCAUGGAGAUCGAGAUAAUAAUCGACGCCAAAAAACUAAUGAUUCUAAUAAGAUAACAUUGAUUCCAGUUGGAUGUGUUAGCUUAACAACUUUAGAAGUGGCUCGUUGUUCAGCUAUCACAGAUAUUGGCCUAUCGGCAAUCGCACGUGUUUGCAAUAAACUUGAAAAGUUGGAUCUAGAAGACUGUGCGUUAGUGACUGAUUCAACUUUAGCUCAAUUAGCUGUACAUUGUCCACGUUUAAAUACGCUAGUAUUAUCACAUUGUGAUCAAGUGACUGAUGAAGGUAUUGCACGUCUAGCUGAAGGUCUUUGUGGUCCUGACCAACUGCAAACAUUAGCUAUGGAUAAUUGUCCAUUAUUGACAGAUGCUGCUUUAGAACAUCUGGGCAGUAAUUGCCGUAAACUUCGACAGUUGGAUUUAUACGAUUGUCAAUUGAUAACGAAACAAGGAAUCAACAGUUUAGAGUUACAUUAUCCUCAACUUCAAAUUCAUGCCUAUUUCGCUCCUGGUACUCCGCCUGCAUUGACUUUUGCAAGACGACGUCGUUAUUGUCGGUGUUGUCGCAUAAUAUAA